AUGGAAAAUCAGAACAAUGUCACGGAAUUUGUUUUCGUGGAGCUGUGGGGAAAUAAGCAAAUAGAGCUACUGUUUCUUUCCUUGUUUCUGCUCUGUUACUUGGCAGUCUUAAUGGGGAACUUCACCAUCUUGCUCACAAUCACCUGCAGCCAUCUAAUCAAACAACCAAUGUACUACUUUCUCUGCCACCUUUCCCUCAUGGACCUCUGCUACACCUCCACUGUGGUUCCACGCCUCAUCAGAGACUUAGCUGCAGCAAGAAAAAACAUUUCCUAUAACAACUGUAUGACCCAGCUCUUCACUGCCCACUUGCUAGGAGGUGUGGAAAUAGUCAUCUUGGUGUCCAUGGCUGUUGACCGCUAUGUCGCCAUUGUCAAGCCCCUGCACUACAUGGUCAUCAUGAGCUGGAAGAGGUGUAACAUGUUGAUUGCUGUGGCCUGGGGUGUGGGUUUUUGGCAUUCUAUUGCUUUACUGCUCAUGGUACUCAGUUUACCUUUCUGUGGUCCUAAUCUCAUAAAUCACUAUGUAUGUGAUGUGAAGCCUCUUUUGAAACUGGUCUGCAAAGAUAUUUAUGCUGUUAGUAUCUUAGUGAUUGUUAAUUCAGGCAUGGUGGCAGUUGUCAUUUUUCUUGCCCUAAUAGCUUCUUACAUACUCAUUUUAUACAACCUUAGGACAAGGUCCUCUGUAGGGCGUCACAAAGCUCUCUCAACAUGUACCUCUCAUGUAAUGGUUGUAGUUUUAUUUUUUGUGCCCUGUAUCUAUACCUAUGUCCUACCUGCAGGUAGUGAGAGCAAGGAUAAGGAAAUCUCUGUGUUUUACACUGUGAUUGCUCCCAUGCUAAAUCCACUCAUUUAUACCCUGAGAAAUAUGGAGAUGAAAAUUGCCAUGAGGAAAGCAUGGUCUCGAAUGUCACAUUCAGAAUUAACGUAA